AUAAACCUCUAUGCGUACACAGCAUGGUAAUCUGCUAUGCUAAUGCAGAUUAAAAAGAAUUGUCAGAAGUGCAAAUAUUGGCGUGUUAAAAUAGAAAUUCUUCCAACACGAAUCACAAAUGCUUCGCGAACAGUGUUUUGAUCGGACCGGAAAUUCCUUUACCUUGACGCGCUUGACGAUACUAACGGGAUUGCCGCGGUUUUAAUCUCGCACCUAUCGCGCUUUUAUAAGCCUUGGGUUAUGAUCGUCAGUUUCACGCACAGCACAUACACUCCGUUAGACGAGGGAAAUCAUAUAACACCACCAUUGAUGAAAAUUAUGAGAGUGACACCAAUGUGAACGUUGACUCUUCGUUGCAGAAUCUCUUAUAAGGUAAAACUGACCGAUCGAUCUAAUUGGGUGGGAAAUGAAGGGAAGAGUAGUACCCUUCUUGUAAAGUGUGCAUUUUAUUUCCUUUUUUUGCGUGUUCGAACGGAACCACCGAUGGACGUAUGGACGGUUUUCCGUUAUGAACCAUAGACUCGUCAGGAUCGGUGCUUAAACAUGAAACACAAGAACGCCAACAGGGAGCGUCCCUGUCCCAACCCGUAACGUCAACCUAAGGAGAAAAUGCUAGGGUUCUUCCAAGUGUCCCAUGAUCCAUGUAUUUUAUGCUGUUACGUUCGCGUGAUCGAUCGUACGCGACCCGCGUUCGAUCGCGUUUAGAUGGGCGAAUCGAGGAGUGAGAGUAAAGUCGCGAAAGAAAGCGCCUAGUGCAGUGCGUUCGCUAUGAAGAAACCGGGUAGAACGAACGUGAAGGAGAAACGUUCCGUUCGGUUUAUGUGUUGUUUACCGUACGGCGAAGAAAUCGAAACGACGACUAAGAGACGAGCGUGCGACGAUGUUUGUUUCUCAGUUGCGCGCAGCGUUUAACGCCAAUCAGUUCUCGAUUCGAUCGCGUUGCGUAAACGUCGCGUUUUCCGUUGCUUUCCGUGUGCCCGCUCAUCGUUCGCUGGUCAGAAGUUGUGGAUGAUGUGUUGCUUUUUUUCUUGUGUGAAAAUUUACCAACAAAAAUGAAUUUAUCUCUGUUUUGUUAGAUAUCUUACCUGAACGCCAUUACACCAACGGAUUUUAAAGUGCGUUUACUUUUAUCCAGCCUACACGAGCCGCUCUCAAGGAUCGACAUUAAAUUGCCAAGAAAUGGAUUUCAAUUGAAGUUCAAUCAAUUCACGAUCGAACGAAGCAAAAAGGUUUUCAGUGGUUGUGUGUGAUGGUGAAGUGGAGCAAAACUCUGGAAUCGCUUUUCCGUUAAUGGAAUUGCAUGUGAAUUUUCAAUUGAUGGUUGAAGACUGAGGAGGAAAAACACACAAAUGCUCUGAUUAGUUUCGCGAAUCCAUGUUCAGUAAGAUGCGAAAAACAAAACGCGAAACGUGUUAGUGUUCGAUAUUGCGAAAUCGAUUAGCGGUUCUCCACCUUCGGCGUGUAAUAAGCGCAAAUGGGGUUGGAGAGAACAAAAAAAAACCUAACGCAUGCUUUGGAGAUGAUGACGAUCAGGUUGAUGAUGAUGAUGGUGGUGUCGAUCGGUGAAGAAUGAGCGUUCAUUUUCUUCUCUCGCUUCUUGAAUUCGAUACGUGGUGUGUAUCUUUGGGGUGACGGCGGGCGCGGUAUCGUUGGCGUUGGAGGAGGUGGUGGUAACUCUGGCGCCAACGCACUGCCAGUCGGCGUUGGGGUUGUGCGCGCGGUAUCGAUCAUCAAUGUUUGAUUCUGAUGCCGUUCUUUCCUUUCCAUUCUCUUUCUCCAACCUCCGCCCAUCGUGAUUGGGCUCGUGAUCCGUGAUUUUCCAACGCUACUCCAACACGGUUCUCCACCACGCGAUCAUCUUCGACCGCAUCAAAACGUGAUUUAGAACAGAUAUUCGAUUCUUGAGCGCCUAGUUCUAUUUCCACAACUCCACCUUGCCCCGAACACUUUACGAUUCCGAUUCUGUGAAAGGUAGCAAUCAGUUCAGUUGUGUGUACGUACUUUGUGCAUGUUUGUAGUGCGUCGUUGGAGUACAAGAGUCAAAACUUGGGUUGGACCACGACACGGGGCGGGAGUGUUGGGAAAUGAAGAGUGCCAGAACCAACAGGAGAGAGCGGGUCUCUUGCUAGUGAGUCGUCGGCGUCAGCGUCUUCGCCUUGUGUACGCCGAAUAUUUGUUUACUUUGUGUAUCGUAAACGCGGAACAGCAGCAGCAGCAACAACAUAACAUAACGCCGUCCUCAUCAUAUCGAGCGUUCGUUGCGCGCGCUAGAAAGAGGUGAUGAAGUUACAUUGGAGGACCUGGUGGAUCGCUUAGUAGUGGAGGAUACGGAUUUGUUUAUUUUGAUUGCCUUUCAUAUUGACAUUAGAUAUAUCUCACAAGAUUGGAGGUUUUUUUUUGGAAGGAAGAAAAAAAAGAAACGGCCAACAAAAGAAACAGCAGGCGCAAAAAAAAGUGCAUAAAGGAUGCCAAAUGGUUUACGGUGUGAAAAAUACACGAAAGAGUUAACUGAACUUUCAUAUUUUUUUUACCGAUUCGUGGACACUCCUUUGAGUCUGAUUGCAUGUUUGUGAUAGAUUCUAACCUUUUCCUAAUUUUCGCAUUGCAAAUCGACUGUGUCAAUGAACGCGGAACCGAGCAAAAGCGGUUGCUACAUUUUUCUAAAUCAUUCAUCAACCAAAUCAUCAGCUCAUCGAUCAUUUCAUUUCCUUCCGAAACGUUACCAACUGUGCGAAAUUUCGUGCCUGUUUCCCUUAUCGUCGAUCGGUUUAAAUUUUUCGCACAUUACCGUUCCCUCUAAUCGCGGUGCUUUCGCUUCAGUUUCUGCCAAAGUUCCAGUUUCAAGCAGACUUUUUUUUGUUGGGAAAGUAAAUCACGAUCAGUUUAGCUAAUUGGAAGCAAUAUGCGCAAAAUGCUCGCUGCUGUCCCGGGGGCACAUAUUUGUGGUGAUACAUACGACGCGAUACGACGAUGAUUUUGAGCGGCAAUAAAUCAUCUUCACCCUUGCACGGCUUCCAUAUUUCGGAAUUGGUAACUGGGCUUUAAGGGGUGGAAACCGCAAAUCUUGGUUCUUUAUCAUCACACUUGUGGGGCGGAAUCGAAUUGCAGCAGUGCGUGGCUGUUUAGGGAGGUUCUUUUUUUUCCUCUUCUGCUACUACUUUCCAUUUGCCAGAACAUCCUCUUUUUAAGAGUUCUAAUGUCAAUCCGUCUGUUCAGUGGCGCCAUAAAUUAUCAGUUAAAUUGUUAUGCUCGUUUUUAUGUGUGGAAUUACAAAAUCGAGAGUUAAAAUCGGAAGAAGCAGCACACACAAACAUGAUGCAAAAUUUGGCCUAUAUUGAUUUAAUAUUAUGUACUAUUAGGAGUACAGGAAGCUAUUUAAUUAUUUUCUUUUUGUAAAUAAUUUUGUUUUUUUUUUAAUUUUGGCUGCAAAAAUUGAACAACUUCAAUGUUUAUCUUAACUGUGAAAGGUCAUUGGUUUACUGUCACAGUUGGAAGACUAGGGUAGCUCCAAUUUGUUCCAGUAAUGAGAACCAAGUGAUGAUAACAUUCGUCGUUAAUAGUCCAGCAUUUGGUCAACUUUGUUUGGCAGCUUAUUGACCUAGUGGAUUUAUUGGCAAAAACGCGGAAGAAUCCAUCCCAACGUUUUCACAGCUGAUAACCCUGAAUGUAAUAAAAAUUUGUUCAUAUUUGAAAUUAAACGUUCGAUUAUACGUUACGAUUUGUACGCGAUGGUGCCUUUUAGUUGUGAUGUUGUUAUGGUUCUCUUUUUAAUUGCGGUACAAAUCUAAUUACGUAGGACAAACCAUUAUAAAAUAAAAACCUCUUCAUUAUAGCUAAACACACCCUAGUACUCUCGUGACGAUACCGAAUGUGAAAUAACAAAGAUGGGAAAAGCAAAAAUUUUUUUGUUUUUACCAAUUUUUAUAUCCUUGAGAUAGAAUGUUUACCACGAACAUUUAUCGUGUAAACGAUACACCGUACGAAUGAAGCGAUAAAGUUUAUGAUUUUGAACCUGUGCCUUGGGGCGAUGGACGACCUUUCCAAAUAUGAUUCCGACGUUAUGGUCGGAGUUUUGCAUCCUCCAAUAUCCGGUUUGUGGUGCCUGUAUCCCACGAAAAUGCGUGCAAAUGUUUACCAAAACAUGUCAUUUCAUAUGCUUAUCAUCGUAUGUUAACUGUUUGAUUGUCACACAUUUCUUCGUGGGUUUUUUUUUUCGUUUUGGUCUAAGUUUCCAAGAUGUAGCAAUAUAUUUUUGCAUAUUAUUUUUUUGGGGUUUUAUUUUUUUAAUCCAAAAUUUUAGAUUUUGAAUAUCAAAAGUACUCAAUUGAAGAUACAAAUGUAAAGUUUAGUUUUUAGGUAGUUUCUGUUGUAAUUUACUCUUCAAUAUUUUUGUAAAACGAUUCCAACAACAAAAUGUCUUCGGUUCAUUUAACGGGCGCAAAGAAUGUGGAAUUUUUCCUGCUACCGGGUUUUUUUUCUUUAAAAUUUAAAAAGAAAUAUAGAAACAUGUUAAGCAUAAUCUUCACCAUCAUCAUCAUCAUCAGUGAGCUCACAUCAUCGUUUGUGAUCGGUAUCGUACAGAUUGAAGAAAAAAAAAACGAACUGUCCGUUCGAGGUGAAAUCCAAUUAUCGUCGUGAUGGUUCACCUCAUUCUUAUUCGGGAUUAAAGCGAAAAUUAAAAAAAAAGAAGAAACAUUCCACAGGGUGGGAAAUAUUCUGCUGGUCGUGGAAGACACGGAAGAAAAGCAAGAUCCACGAUCACGUGAAUAAACCUGGCGUUCCCGGUGUUCGUUGAAGAGUGGCUGAAAAGGUGUUAUAAGUGAUAAUAAUCGUACCGAGCGAUAAUCUAAAUUUUCUCAAUUUGUUUCUUUACGAUUCGUACCAACCAGAUGAUCAGUCGUGUUCGCAAUGCGUGUAUAAAACUUCUGAACAGUUUGUUACAUUAAAUCAUUUUGCUUGAUUGACAAAGUAAGAAAACUUGUUGUGUUGAACGUGUUACGAGCGUUAAUGUUGCGUGCUUGUGUCGUGAUUUUAAGUGCUGCUGUAGUGUGAUUUUAAACUAAAUAAUUACAAGAAAAUAUAAUUUCUUCGAGUUUGUUGAAACGCUUCAACAUUGUAAAAUUUCAAUGCUUCAUUCACUGGAUUACAACACACCGUCGGGAGCAGAAAUGGCCAACUAUGGGAAUGAUUACUAUUUCACAAUGGACACCGACGAUGUGGAAUCCUCGAGCAGUAGCACAAUGUCGAGCCUAAACAGUCUAUUUUCCUUCACUAGCCCUGCAGUUAAAAAGCUGCUCGGCUGGAAGCAGGGUGACGAGGAGGAAAAAUGGGCCGAAAAGGCAGUGGACAGUUUGGUAAAGAAGCUCAAGAAACGAAAAGGCGCCAUCGAGGAACUCGAACGUGCCCUAUCCUGCCCGGGACAACCAUCAAAAUGCGUUACUAUACCGCGUUCGCUCGAUGGACGACUUCAGGUUUCGCACCGAAAAGGAUUGCCGCACGUGAUCUAUUGUCGGGUAUGGCGUUGGCCCGACCUUCAGAGCCAUCACGAGUUGAAACCGUUAGAAACAUGUCAGUAUCCAUUCAGCGCGAAGCAGAAAGAAGUUUGCAUAAAUCCGUAUCACUACAAGCGCGUUGAGAGUCCUGUACUGCCGCCGGUAUUGGUACCGCGCCAUUCAGAGUUUGCACCAGGUCAUUCGCUUCUGCCAUUCCACCAGAUGAACGAGCCAAAUAUGCCGCACAAUGUGAAUUACUCAAACACGGGCUUCAAUAAUUCGCAUAUGGGCGGUGGAGGCGCAGGUGGUGGUGGUGGAGGCGGAGGAAAUGGCGGUAGUGGUGGCGGGGGAGGGGGUGGUCCGAACUCUCCCAUUUCCUCACACAUGGGCCCCAACAGCCCGAUGUCGUCCGUAUCGAGCCCGGGACCUAUCAGUUCCAAUCCACAGAGCCCGUACGGGGCACUACCAGAGACACCACCACCAGCCUACAGUCCACCGGAGGAAGGAAAUACGGUCAGCGGCGGCCAGGAUGGUAACCAGAUGGACACGAAUCAAAUGCAUGGAGAGGUCGCUCCGGUUAGCUAUCAGGAGCCACCGUACUGGGCUAGUAUAGCGUACUACGAAUUGAAUUGCCGUGUUGGCGAAGUAUUUCACUGCACCAAUACUUCCAUCAUAGUGGAUGGGUUUACAAAUCCGUCCAACAAUUCGGACCGUUUCUGCCUCGGACAGCUGAGCAAUGUGAAUCGUAACAGUACGAUCGAAAACACAAGGCGCCACAUCGGUAAGGGUGUGCAUCUGUAUUACGUCGGUGGUGAGGUGUAUGCGGAAUGUCUUUCCGAUUCAGCCAUCUUUGUACAAAGCCGCAACUGCAAUCAUCAUCAUGGGUUCCAUCCGAGCACGGUAUGCAAAAUUCCGCCCGGCUGCUCACUAAAGAUCUUCAACAAUCAGGAGUUCGCCCAGUUGCUGUCACAAUCUGUCAAUCACGGUUUCGAAGCGGUGUACGAAUUAACUAAGAUGUGCACGAUACGUAUGAGCUUCGUCAAGGGUUGGGGAGCCGAGUAUCAUCGGCAAGAUGUUACCUCAACGCCGUGCUGGAUCGAAAUUCACCUGCACGGGCCACUGCAGUGGCUCGAUAAAGUGCUGAUGCAAAUGGGUUCACCUCAUAAUGCGAUCAGUUCGGUGUCGUAAGAAAGAUGAAAGGUCUCAAAAAUUACUCCUGCUCUACAUUUAUAGAAGCUGUCAUCUGGGGAGAAAGGCUAGAUGUGUGUGUACCUCGGUAUAAGAUAAAGUAGAAAAUCCACAAUUUGCACCGAACCUAAGGAUAACUAAUUGUAGAUCCAUCUAAUAACUAAUAGCAGCUUAGCUAUUAGGUAUGAAAAUGAAACAACUGGUCGAUGCCAUUGUAAAAGUAACGAGAAGAUUUCAACAAACAUAAAGCGAGAAAACCAGUAACUUCAGAGAGCAGCACGGAUGGUUGCUUUCUUAGCGACUUAUAAACUACAUAAGAAACUCUCGAUUUGUUUAAGAAGAAAUAGGAAACAUAAAUCAUUUGAACGCUUUGUUUCAUUUAGUAACGAGUUCGCUAUCAUUCACGUUUCUCUUUAUGAUAGAGGAUGAGUAAUUUCGAUGCUAGAGAGAAUACUUCGGUAAUGACCGCAGCUAGAAUAGAAAAGUGUUGGUAAGUUUCUUUGUAUGUUUUAAUCGUUAUUUUAAACUUUUGAUUUUAAAGCAGAUGACAGAAUAGAGAAAUUAGAUUCUGUUUAGUUUUAUACGUGAUAAUCAAACAUUUUAGCCAGAUCUGUGUACUAAAAUGGCAAAGCGCAGUAGUGUAGGAAACAUAAAUAUAGAUUGACGCACCGUCGUUUUAGCCGAUUGUUCCAUGAAGAGGAUUCUAGAUCAGGAUUCUUCAAAGGGUGAUUAAAAUUGCAUAAUAGUGAUGAUCCAGUUGUUACGGUACCGUAUACUUACGAUGUGCUGAGCGAUAAUUAGGCACAAGCUAUACAUUUUGCUCUCGCGAAGAAACGCGAAGUUAUUUUCUGAAGUUACACACAUUCUUUUACAUACUGAUCAAUGUCAUUAUGAUACACUUCAUUUGUGAAGUAAUGAAGAAUGACUGCAGUACCUGUGGGGUGAUUUUGUCCCCAAAAGAACGAACAACAAAACAUGUGCGCACUAUCUGCCGAUAUCUGUCGGAAAAGCAUGAUCAAUUGCGCGGUAUAAUUUUGUGAAGAGGAAAGUGUAAGCUCCAUUCACAAUCCAUGCUCUGGUUAAGUGCCUGCUUACCACAACUUCAGCGACAUGUGCGAUAAAUCAAGCGAGUGCAAUUUAUUUAACUGCGAGAUCCAUCAAGAGCAUAGUUUUUGAAGUGAUAUAAUUAUUCUGAUGCCAUCAAACAAUCGUGCAACUACAUUGAAUAUAAGUUUAAGAAUAACAAGAUGCAAUUUAUUGUUUAUAGUGGUGUAACGAAGGAACUUUUUGGGCGCCGUAUUGAAUAGCGAUUUGGCUUUGCUAAAUGUAUGCGAGGAAUGCUCUUACUGUGUGUAUGUGUGUCUUUAUGUUAUGUUUCUUUUUUUGUUUUGUUAGCAAAGUUUAUUCAGUUGCUAGUAGAGUUGAUGUGUUCGAUAUAAAUCAUUUUAUAUUUGGUUAAUCAUGCUUUUCACAAAGUUUUAUUAGACUUAAGGCGUAGUAAGAAUUAAUGAUUUUUUUUACAUACACAGAAAACCGUUUCAGCGUUAUGUUUUGUUAUUGCUUGUGCUUCCGGUUGAACUCUAAUGAGGAUUUAAUCCAUCGGACGAGUGCAAUAAUUCACAUCCCAACAGAUCGUACCGUUUACGCAGGCGGAAAAGAGUAAAGAAUGAAACAUUUUCAACUGAAAUAUUUUGAAAUAUCUAUAAUAUGCUUUUUCAGUAUUUUCCCACCAAACUUUAAAGCUCUUUGUCUCUCGAUCGUCUUUGAUGCUACAACAGAUACUUGUCACAAUGGAAAUGGUUAGAGCUUAAUGCAUGUUUCAAAAGAUUGCCUUUUUACUUCUUUAAUAAAUACUAUUUGUAUCAGAAUUGACUGAUAACGCCUUGAAAACAGUGGAUUUGAUCGUCGAUCAAUCGUACACGAUUAUUUGCCUUACGCAUGUUAAAGGUGCCUAUACAAUUGCAGGACAGAACCGUAUUAUAUGGUCGAAAGUUAUAUGAUUUCAAAGCAAAACGACACCUAAAACUAAACCAUUUGACAACUUUGUAAGACUUCUAGUUAAAGAUGUUCGUUAACGAUGUACAAUUGUGCCAAUUGUGCGUAGAGAAAAUGAAACAGCUAUGCCUUGUUAGGACAAAGAGAAGAAAACACGUUACAAGUUGUUACAUAUUAGAAAAAAGAAUGGCCUUUCGCAUAAAUGCCUUUGUGCUUUUUUGUAGACGUUAUGUAGUCGUACAUGCCAAGUAACAAGCAACUUGUAACAUAAAUGCGCCUUAUUUUCGCGAUAAAAACAAACAAAACAUAAUUUUUAACGUAUACCAGCUGAAUUUAGAACUAAAUGGAUGGAAUAUUAAACUUCCAUGCUGCAGUUACAUUGUUUUUUUUUGCGAAUUUUUACUUUCAUAAGCUUAAACUUUUGCAAAACAGACGCAAACGAUGGUUAGAAAAUGAAGAGGAUGGUAAGAUUGUAACACUGGCACCGAAAUAUAUUCGGACUAGCAACUAUUAAGUGUCGUGUUCGAUUGUAUUUUAGCGAAUUGUUUAUCCUCAUGCGUAUGUGUGUGUGUGUGUGUGCUUUGUGCCUUGAAUUGUGUUUGCGACUGUGUGUCCAUGUUUGCGUCUGUAGGUGUGAAUAAUUGAAUAAUCUUUAGAAGGUAAACUAAACUCAUAAGCGAAACAAUCAACUUUAACACAUAAAUCUUGAUCGAUUAGAAAGGAAGUAGCAGGAUAAAUUUAUAUAAAUUGAAACAAAAAACAAUAACAUGUACAUAAUAGACCGGCACAAUGAUUCUAUAGCAUUAUGCGUGCAUAACGGUCGUUAAUUGUAUUAAAAAUGAUAGAAAAACGUAAAAAGACGAUUAAAUAAAAUCUACUCAAAUCAUAAAAGCAACAGACAAUGUUGAACUAUAUUUUGCUCACUUAGAGAAUAAAGUAUCCUGUAAUGCUGACAACAAUUCAAACCGACAAGGGUUCAAACGUAAACAUGAUAACUCAUAUUUUAAAAUAGACGCGCUAAAAAUUUACCGUGAUAGAAGAACGUUGAAAAAGAUCUAUUGCAUUCAGAUAAAAAAAACACAUACACACACAAACAAUGUAAAGAAGAUGUUAUUUAAAGCAGCAUAUACAUAAACCCGGUCCCGACAAGACACACGCAGAAAAAAAACUUCAACAUUGCCGUUAUAUUAAAGAUUGUAAACUUUUAUAAACAAUUGUCUCAAUAAUGAAGAAAGCGAAACUUAUCACAAUAAUAAAGACAAACUGGUAAAACAACGACGCAGAACGACGUGAACAUAUGUCGAACCGCUGGACCGUGGUUAAAUAAAAUAGUGAACACAUAGUCGCCAUUCUGAAAAAUUCACAAUUUGCCCAACGAUUGUUACAACUAGAAUGAAAUUGGUGUGCGUGAGUGCUACGUGUUUGUGAACGGAAAUAAGAAUGUGAAUGAUACAAAAAUGGGAAACUGAAAACAAAACGAUGAUGUUACACUAUUAAAUCAAAUGAAAAAUGGAAUGAAAAAAGAAUCACACCCGCAAAAUGACAAUUGAUGCGAAAUCAAAUGAGAUUUAAAGAGAAGUACAUGAAAUGCUCAAUUGCUUUUUCGAUUACAUUUGGUCUUGCAGUGCAGUUUUUGAAUUAUGGUUAAUCGCACCUUCUCACCCACUUUGUUUUAUCAAAAUCAUAACAAAUCAAAAACAUGAAUUGUACGUCGGUAACGACUUCGUUCAACACACGUCCAUCACAUAUUUCAUUCUCAAACAAACUGUUCAUUUUUAGUAUGGGUAAAGCUGUGUCUAAGGUACGCGACAUUUGCGACACACUAUAUAGUGGGAUAGUUGUAUGGAGUGCAUCAAACCCCAGAAAUGGGAUGCAUAUUUUAGGACAUACAUGAAACAGAAUAUAGGAACGAUAAAGGAAGUGCGUUGCAUUACGAUUAGCAUAUGCUCUCAGUGUCAGUUGUCCGUUUUAAAAUUAUGCAUUAAAAUGGAAACACAUUUCAUAUCCUGCUCUCGCGUAACAGAGAAGGGAAAGGCUUUACGACUAAUCUCGAAGCGCUACCUUCAUAUUCAUCCUCUACACCUACCAUAGUCUUAGCUUCUGUGCCAUGUUGUACAGACGACAUCUAAACACAUACAUCUCAAUGAUCUCAAGCGAAAUAAAUAAAAUACUUAUUUUUGACUGUCCUGAUUUAAAGGUAAAAUAGUAAGCGACGUUUACGAAUCGGUUUCCCCAAAGAGAACUGAUCCCUGCAAUCAGAAGUGGCGGCGGAAUUGGCAAGAAAAUUAAUGAAAACGGUUUUUUAUCGUUUGUGUUUUGCAAAUGGAAAUCCGCUACUCGUUCCGGUUAAUUAUAAAAAAAAUACAUACACACGCAAGGGAGGAUUACAAAACUACCUGACUUCGAAAAGCGAGAAAAUGCCAUAAAUGAAGACGUGCUAGUAAGAGUGCCAGCGUGUGCGUAUUGUUCAUAAGCAUUAGUUUAGCUGCUCGUCGUUCGCAUUAAACCUAAAUUUGACACUUCCCCGAGAAAAAGUAACAAAUAAUGUACAGAUAAAGAAUGAAUCAGCGAAAGAAAAGAAGAAAAAAAACAA